CAAAACAGAUCACAUUCAAGUCACCUUGCCCCCCAUAAUAGCCAUUUUUCAGAUGUUUCUUUUUUCAUGUACCUCUCUUUGUCAGUUUCUGCUUUUAUCAUCUUUCUUUAAUUAUUAAAACAGACCCUGUUGAUCUUCUAUUCAACUGUCCUUUUGAAUUCUUUAAUUCACAGUUCCAUUUUCUGAUAAGAAUUCUCUCUUCUUUGGCAAGUCCAAGAAGUACUUUCAUCAGUCACAGAGUACGAAUCUCUACACCCUUUUCUUAGUUUUAGAAAAGUCUUUGAAGCAGAAACAUGGCCAGUCUGAGUGAUAUAGGUGUCGCAGCUGCUAUUAACAUUCUGAGUGCAUGUAUUUUUUUAAUUGCAUUUGCAAUCCUUCGAAUACAACCUGUCAAUGAUAGGGUAUACUUCCCGAAAUGGUACCUAAAGGGUCUAAGAAGCAGUCCUUUGCACUCGGGUACGAUUGUCAACAAGUUUGUGAACUUGGAUUUCCGUGCAUACCUGAAGUUUCUGAAUUGGAUGCCUGCUGCAUUGCAAAUGCCAGAACCGGAGCUUAUUGACCACGCAGGAUUGGACUCUGCUGUCUACUUGAGGAUUUAUUUGAUAGGGCUUAAAAUAUUUGUCCCAAUUGCUUUUAUUGCUUUCUCAGUCAUGGUUCCGGUUAAUUGGACCAAUCGUACAUUGGAGCGUUCUAAUUUGACUUACAGUGACUUAGACAAGCUUUCAAUUUCAAAUAUUCCUCUGGGAUCACAGAGAUUCUGGACCCAUCUGGUAAUGGCUUACAUCUUUACUUUCUGGACUUGCUAUGUGCUGAAAAGGGAGUAUGAGAUAAUUGCAUCGAUGAGGUUGCAUUUUCUUGCAUCAGAACGUCGACGACCAGAUCAAUUUACAGUACUUGUCCGAAAUGUGCCACCAGAUCCUGAUGAAUCAGUGAGUGAGCUAGUGGAGCACUUUUUCAUGGUCAACCAUCAAGAUCAUUAUUUAACUAAUCAGGUUGUAUACAAUGCCAACAAGUUAACAACGCUAGUCAAUGAGAAGAAGAAAAAGCAGAAUUGGCUUGAUUAUUAUCAACUCAAGUAUACUAGAAAUCAGUCCAAAAGGCCCACAUUAAAGACUGGUUUUCUUGGCUUAUUCGGCAAGACCGUUGAUGCAAUUGAUUACUAUACUUCUGAAAUUGAAAAGCUGUCAAAAGAAAUAUCUGAUGAGAGAACGAAUAUUAUUGGGAACUCCAAAUCUAUUAUGCCGGCGGCAUUUGUUUCCUUCAGAACAAGAUGGGGAGCUGCUGUUUGUGCACAAACACAACAAGCCAGAAAUCCAACACUGUGGUUAACUGAGUGGGCUCCGGAACCUCGUGACGUCUACUGGGAUAAUUUGGCAAUUCCUUAUGUUUCACUGUCAAUCAGGAGGCUUAUUGUUGCUGUGGCAUUUUUCUUCCUUACCUUCUUUUUCAUGAUUCCCAUUGCAUUUGUACAGUCCCUUGCUAAUAUUGAGGGAAUAGAGAAAGCAUUACCUUUCUUGAAAUCAUUGAUUGAAGCUAAAGCUGUAAAAUCCUUCAUCCAAGGGUUCCUCCCUGGAAUUGCGUUGAAGAUUUUCCUCAUCUUCCUCCCUUCAAUAUUGAUGCUGAUGUCAAAAUUUGAAGGAUUUAGCUCCAUAUCAGCUCUUGAAAGGAGAUCCGCAACAAGAUAUUAUAUUUUUCAGUUUGUUAAUGUGUUUCUUGGAAGCAUCAUUACUGGGACGGCAUUUCAGCAGCUAAAUAAUUUCAUGCAUCAGUCAGCAAACGAAAUACCGAAGACAGUUGGUGUAUCCAUUCCAAUGAAGGCAACCUUCUUCAUAACUUACAUAAUGGUGGAUGGGUGGGCAGGAGUUGCUGGAGAGAUACUUAGAUUGAAGCCAUUGAUAUUCUUUCACUUGAAAAACUUCUUUUUGGUGAAGACUGAGAAGGACAGAGAAGAGGCAAUGGAUCCAGGAAGUCUCGGGUUCAACACUGGUGAACCUCAGAUACAGCUCUAUUUCUUACUUGGCCUUGUUUAUGCUGUUGUGUCACCGAUCCUACUCCCUUUCAUCAUAGUAUUUUUCGGCCUGGCGUAUGUUGUAUAUCGGCAUCAGAUUAUAAAUGUCUAUAACCAGGAGUAUGAAAGUGCAGCAGCAUUCUGGCCUGAUGUGCAUGGUCGCAUCAUAACCGCGCUCAUAGUCUCUCAAUUGCUUCUAAUGGGACUGUUAAGUACAAAGGGAGCUUCUCAUUCAACUCCACUGCUUAUUACACUCCCUGUACUAACCAUAUGGUUCCAUUUGUUCUGCAAAGGUCGUUAUGAGCCAGCUUUUGUCAGAUAUCCAUUGCAGGAAGCAGUGAUGAAAGAUACGCUAGAACGUACAAGGGAGCCAAAUUUCAACUUGAAAGAGUACCUUCAGGAUGCUUAUAUCCACCCUGUUUUCAAAGGCGAAGAAGAUAUUGAGAGUGAUGCAGCCAGCAAAGAUGGGGAGCUGGAACCUUCACUCGUCCCAACAAAACGCCAAUCUCGUUUCAACACUCCAUUGCCAAGCAAAAGGAGUGGUUCAUCUCCUCCAUUAUUAUCCGAUUUUGAUGCAAAUACGCGAGUAUAGCUAGAAGCCUCUGAUUUAUAAGCAUACAGUGAGCAUCAUCACAGAUAAAGCCAACUUGAAGAGAGUAGCUUGGCCAAAGUAUAUUCUUAGUCGAAGCAUGCAAGUUUUUGUGAGCAGGCAGAAAUCUGUUUGGCCUGCAUGUUUCAAGGUUAUAGAGUUGUGUUUAGUCUUGUACAUAACCAUCUUGGUUCUCUAUUACUUUAAUUGGAAGUUGUUCUCAUUUCCUGUCUACAAUCAGCUGGUAAAAAGAUGGCAUAAAAACCUUGCCAUGUAAAUCAAAAACCUUUUAGAUGAAGACAACUCUAUUUUAAGGGGGAGAGAGGAUAUUUUUACUUCCAAGUUUCUCAUGACUAUGAAAGGAAAUGGUCAUUUCUUCUUUUGUUGGCAUUUUGCACUUUUGUCUAAGGCUCUUUUUUUUUUUCCUUUGCCAUUGCUGUCAUUGAAAACUACUGCAGCCCAAGAAAAGUAAAGAUGGGAUAUAGUAGAAAUUUUAAAUUAAAGAGAAAUGAAGAAUAAGGUUUACUGCACUUUUCACAGGAAAUGGCUCGUGAAAGCCUUGGCAUCUAUAGCAGAAAUUUUCAGUUUUCCAGAGGAUUUCCUAAUCAAUUUGGCACUAACAAAGACAGAGGGAUCCCAAGAAAGAAGAGUCUUGAUUUACCAUACUGCAAUUUUACUAGGAAAUGAUCCUUAUUUUGCCUAUGCACUCCUAAAUAUUCCUCAUUGACGGGCUGAAUGAACCAAUUACAUGUCCUAGGUCUCAGAAAAGAUUAUCCCACGUAGAUUAAAUUAGUGGAACUUCCUCCUAUUUGAUUAUUUUGAAUGUUGCAAAAAUACUUCUCCUAAUAGGAAUAUAUCUUCUAAUGAAAAAGUUUUUGCUAACUAGUAAAAGAACGAGAGGUAAAAAGUUAAAUCAUUAAUUAUCACAAAUGAGAAAAACAAAUAGGUGCCAAGAUAAGUUUUAUACCAGUUUCAUAGGUAAUACUGUAUUACCUUUUUCCAGUGCAUAAAAUAAUAGGGAUAUCAAAAACUGCAUAUAUCAAUGUUGUCAAUAGGAGUAAUUUACCAGCUGUGUAUCACUAAUCAAAAUAAAUUCAAACGAAUUAAACAAGAUAAAGAAAUUUAAACAAAACGAAUCAACAGUAAGAUAAAGGGAAUUAAACAAUCAACUCAGUGCUUCAAGAAUUGAUAGGUUUCUUUUUUUCACUGAGUGGGAUGAAGAGUUCAGAAGCAUUAAACAAUCCCUCCUUCCUAGAAUGGUAUCAGAUCACAGUCCAAUUCAGCUCACUUGUGGAUAAUGGGAAAGGUCAAAAUCAUAUUUCAAAUUUGAGAAUUGGUGGCUUGAGGUAGAAGGUUUCUCAGAUUUAGUAAAAGGGUGGUGGUCUUCUUUUGUGGUUAGAGGUAGACCAGACUAUAUUUUGGCUACUAAACUGAAACUGUUAAAAGGGAAAAUUGAAGGAAUGGAAUAAGGCCAAUUAUGGAAAUCUGGGGAACAGAAAAAUAGAAAUACUUGUUCAUAUUUCUGAGCUUGAC